AUGAACCUAUGCAAAUUUUAUGCAGAGAUGUGGUCCAGAAUUCUUCUGAGUAUUCUGUCCCUGAAUUGGAUUGCCAGAGCAUCUUCUGAACUUCAGUAUGUGCUGCUGGUCCCCACAGUGGUGCGGAGCGACUCUCCCCAGACGGCUUGUGUGCAGUUCCACAGCCUCAAUGAGCCUCUGUCUCUAAGUGCUGUCCUGGAAUAUGGCAGUGUCCAGACGACUCUCUUUGAGGAUUCUGUGGCAAAGAAUGAUUUCUUCAAGUGCUAUGAGUUCAAGGUUCCUCCUGCUACUUCUGACCCCCUGGCAUUCAUUUCCUUCUCUGCCAAAGGCACCACAGUCAACUUAGCUGAGAGAAGAUCAGUGGCGAUUCAAAAUGUGGAUAAUAUUGUCUUCAUCCAGACAGACAAACCCAUCUACAAACCAGGACAAAAAGUGAUGAUUCGUGUGGUGUCUUUGGACAGCCAGUUCAGACCUGUUCGGGAGGCAUAUCCUCGAAUCACCAUUGAGGAUCCAGAGCAAAACAAAAUCUUCCAGUGGCUGGAGGUAGAAUCUAAGAAUGGAAUUGUCCAGCUCUCUUUUCCACUAAUCUCAGAGCCUAUUCUGGGGUCCUACCAAAUCACUGCAGAGAAGGAGUCAGGUGAAAAGCAGUACCAGUACUUCACAGUGGAGGAAUACGUGCUGCCAAAAUUUGAAGUGACAGCCAGUGUGCCAACAAGGAUCUCUUUCUUUGAUGAAGAAAUCAGGGUGAAUGUUUGUGCUUCGUACACUUAUGGACAGCCAGUGCAAGGGAAUGCCCAAGUCAACGUGUGUCAGCAGCGCUUUUAUAGUCCACGGUGUGAGAAGCGGAAGGAAGAAAACUGCCAAGCUGUCACUGGAUUGCUGGGGAAGGAUGGCUGCCUCAGUACUGUUCUCUCUGUCAAAACAUUCCAGCUGUACCGCAGCUAUGAAAGGAUGUAUACCAGCCUUGAAGUAGAAAGCAUCGUCACUGAAAGUGGGACAGGAAUCCAGUUGAAAAACAGAGACUAUGUUUCAGUCCAUGAAGACAAUGACAGAGUGAUGUUCCAAAAUAUGGAUACUUAUUACAAGAGGGGAAUUCCUUACUAUGGCGAGAUCAGUGUGACAAGUGCAGACAAUAAGCCUGUUGCUGACAAGGUUGUCCUGCUGGAGCUCAAUGGUGAAUACCUGGCCAACUAUACCACUGACAAGAAUGGCAUUGCUACCUUUUCCAUCAACACAUCCAACUUCUUUGAUCCCAGUUUUAAUUUGAGAGUCAAGCAGGCACCAGAUGACUGUGCAGACUUCUUCUUCUGGAAUAAUGAUAAGGAGCCCCAAGUCUUAUUCUCUGUCCAGCGUUUCUACUCACGGACCAACAGCUUUGUGAAAAUCGAGCCAGUGAAGGAGAAGCUCAGCUGUGGCCAGAAGAGAACAAUCAACAUUCACUAUCUCCUGAACACAGAGGGCUACAAGGAUGCCAGGCACACAAACUUCUACUAUUUGGUGAUGACAAAAGGAAAAAUUACUCUCAGUGGCCAGAAGGAAGUCAGCAUCUCUGAUGCUCCCAGAGGUACAUUCUCCAUCACGCUAAAUGUCACUGAGGACCUUGCCCCCAGCUCCACGCUUUUGCUGUACACAGUACAUCCUCAUGGGGAGAUAGUGGCUGACAGCUCUUGGAUACAGAGUGAAGUAUGCUUCAGAAACAAGCUCCAGCUCGAGUUCUCCGAAAAACAAGGUCUCCCAGGCUCUAAAGUCAAUCUCCAUCUUGAAGCUGCUGCCAACUCCUACUGUGCCUUGCAAGCUGUAGAUAAGAGUGUCCUUCUUCUUCAGCCUGAGCGACAACUAUCUGCUGAAAGCGUGUACUACUAUCUUCCUGUGGGCAAUUUAUAUGGUUACUACUACAAUGGGAUCAACCUGGAAGAUGUCGAGCCAAGGGGGUGUACUCCAGUCAAAACUGCAUUUUAUGAUGGCUUGUACUAUGAACCUGUGAAUGUCAGUCGUGACGGCGAUGUCUACAAGAUCUUCAGGGAUAUGGGCCUGAAGGUUUUCACCAACUCUGUGCUACGGAAGCCAAUUCUGUGCAAUGAAGACAGAUCAGAUACGGAAGAUUACCCUUCCUAUUUUGCAGGUGGUCUUGCCCAGUCGAGUGGUUAUAGUUCAGCACGGCUUUCUGGUGGGCAUGGUGCUACCACAGUUCGGAAAUUCUUCCCUGAGACCUGGAUUUGGGAUCUGGUUCACACAAAUUCCAGAGGAGAGGCCGAUGUCUCUUACACCAUUCCUGACUCCAUCACAGAAUGGAAAGCCAGUGCUUUCUGUGUGCAGGAUGAUGCUGGGUUUGGCAUUUCCUCACCUGUUUCAAUGACAGCAUUCCAAACAUUCUUUGUGGAUCUCACCUUGCCAUACUCUGUCGUUCGAGGAGAAAAAUUUAAUUUAAUAGCAAAUGUCUUCAACUACCUCAACAAAUGCAUCCAGAUAAAGGCCACACUGGAAAAUUCAAGCGACUAUGAGGCAAAAAUCCUUUCACCAGAGGGCAACACAGCACAGUUGUGUGCCAAUGAAAGAAAAACCUACAUUUGGGCUGUUAGCCCCCAUAACAUUGGUGAAGUGAAAUUCACAAUUACUGCUGAGGCCAAACUGGGUACUGGAGGUGCAGGAAAUGGAACAUCCCAAGAAGACGAGACAAUUCACAGGGACACUCUGAUUAAAACUCUACUUGUUGAGCCUGAAGGUGUUAAAAAGGAAUUGACUCAGAGCUCGCUCGUCUGUACAAGAGGUGGAGUGACUUCUGAAUCAGUCUCUCUCAGCCUGCCAAGGAACAUAGUAGAGGGAUCAGCUAGAGCUUAUUUUUCUGUCAUUGGAGACAUUUUAGGAACAGCCUUGAAGAACAUGGAGAACCUUCUCAAUAUGCCUUAUGGCUGUGGAGAACAGAACAUGGCCUUGUUCACUCCCAACAUUUAUGCCCUGGAUUAUCUAAAUAAGACUGGGCAGCUGACUGAAGAAAUUAGAGUCAAGGGCACUAGAUAUUUAUCCACAGGAUACCAGAAACAGCUAUCAUACAAACACCGAGAUGGAUCCUACAGCUCUUUUGGGGCACAAGAUGGGGAAGGGAAUGUAUGGCUCACUGCCUUUGUGUACAAGUCAUUUGCACAAGCCAGACGAUACAUCUACAUUGACAACAACGUGCAGUCUCAAGCUUUGAUCUGGCUGGCAAGCAAGCAGAAAUCAGAUGGGUGCUUUGAAAACAGUGGGUCACAUUUCAACAACGCCUUGAAGGGUGGAGAAAAAGGGGAAUACUCUCUCACGGCUUACAUUGUGGCAGCAUUGCUGGAGGCUGGACACUCUAUUGAGGAUCCAGUGGUUCAGAAUGGCAUGCAAUGUUUGGAAACUGCAUUUGGCAAUGGAGUCCAUGACCUGUACAGCCAGGCCCUCUUUGCCUAUGCUUAUCGCUUAACUGAGAAAGAGAGAAGAUGCCAGUUCCUCCUUGAGAACCUGGACAAAACAGCUAGCAGAGAUGGUGGUUCAAUUCAUUGGCAGAGAGAAAAUAAGCCACCAGCAGAACGUUUGCAUACCUUCUAUUCCCGUGCCCCUUCUGCUGAAAUUGAAACAACAAGUUACGUACUCCUGACUUUGCUCAAGAAAGACAAACUCACUCCAGAAGACUUAUCCUACACUUCUCGCAUUGUGCAGUGGCUUGUCAAACAACAGAAUCCAUAUGGUGGUUUCUCUUCCAGCCAGGACACCGUUGUUGCUCUCCAAGCUUUAGCCCAGUAUGGAUAUCUCAUCUUCUCUAAGAAAAAUAAUAACACAGUAAAAGUCAGCUCCCUGGAGACUUUGCAGGUGAAUGACAAGAACCGCUUCUUACUGCAGCAGGCUUCCUUACCAUCAAUUCCAGGGAAUUACAGUGUGGAAGUGAAUGGCACUGGCUGUGUCUAUCUGCAGACCACCCUGAGAUACAACGUCCAUUUGCCAAAAGAAACUGCAGGAUUUUCUCUCUCUGUGAGGCAGGCCAAUGUAUCCUGUUCAAGCAACUUCCCACCAAAGUUUGACCUUGUUCUCUCUGCCAGUUACACAGGAAACCGCAAUGUCUCCAACAUGGCUAUUAUUGAUGUGAAGAUGCUUUCAGGUUUUGUUCCUGUAGGAUCUUCCAUAAAAAAGCUUCAGGAACAGGAUUCUGUUGUGAAUCGUGUAGACAUUAAGAACAACCACAUCCUCUUCUACCUCCAGCAGGUCUCCCAGAAGGAAAUUAGUUUCUCUUUCAGUGUGGAGCAAAGCCUGCCUGUCUCAGAUAUCAAACCAGUGCCUGUACAUAUGUACGAUUACUACGAAACAGAUGAAUAUGCUCUUGCAGAAUACAAAGCACCCUGCUCCUCAGCUUCCUACUGA